AUGGACAAGGAGAGGGGCAUGACACGGGUGCUCUUGGAAUGCAGUCUUAGUGACAAGCUGUGUGUUGUCCGGGAGCAGCAGUAUGAAGUCAUCAUCGUCCCAACCUUCUUCGUUGCUGUCUUCAUUAUUAUUCUUGCAAUCAUUCUGUGGCUUUUUAUCCGAGGCCAGAGAGUCCAAUGCCAAUCUCCUGGACCCCAAGGCCUUGCUCCUGUGCCUCCAUCAACGGGCUUAAGCAAGGAAGCAGCAGGACUUGAAAGAAAUAAGUUUGUGCCACUUGAGGACACUUCAGUGGAAAGUCUUCUUCAAACCAGCACACAAGCCCUGGCUCAUCUGCAGGUGCCCCGGGAUCAACUCUCAGAUGUCCUGGAGCAUAUUUACAAUGGAACUUGUGGGUUCAUCUAUCGAACACAGAUGUAUAAAGGGGAUCCUGUUAAAUCCAAGAGUGUCAUCCUCAAAGCUUUGAAAGAACCAGCUGGAGUCCGAGAGGUGCAGGAUUUCCUAGGGCGAAUCCACUUCUCUCUGUAUCUGGGGAAACACCAGAAUCUGGUACAGUUGGAGGGCUGCUGCACGGAAAAGCUGCCACUCUACAUGUUAUUGGAGGAUGUGGCACAGGGGGACCUGCUCAGCUUUCUCUGGAUCUGUCGCCGGGAUGUAAUGACCAUGGAAGGCCUUCUAUAUGAUCUCACUGAAAAACAAGUAUAUCACAUUGCGAAGCAGGUGCUUUUGGCUUUGGAAUUUCUCCAGGAUAAGCACCUGUUUCAUGGAGACGUGGCAGCCAGGAAUAUCCUGAUCCAGACUGAUCUUACCGCCAAGCUCUGUGGACUGGGCUUGGCUUAUGAAGUUCAUGCCCAAGGGGCCAUGUCUCCUACUCGCAAAGUACCUGUCAAGUGGCUCGCCCCAGAACGGCUUCUGCUGAGACCAGCUGGUAUCAAAGCAGACAUCUGGUCUUUUGGGAUCCUACUCUAUGAGAUGGUGACUCUAGGAGCACCACCAUACCCGGAAGUUCCUCCUAACAGCAUCCUGCAGCAUCUUCAAAGAAGUAAAAUCAUGAAACGACCCAGUAGCUGUACAAGCACCAUGUAUGGCCUCAUGAAGUCUUGCUGGCGCUGGAGUGAGAACAACCGCCCCUCACCUAGAGAUCUCCGCUCACGCUUAGAAGCCGUGGCUCGGAAUGCAGAUGACAAGGCUGUGCUGCAAGUGCCAGAGUUGGUGGUGCCUGAACUCUAUGCAGCUGUGGCAGGCAUCAGUGUGGAGAGUCUUUCCUUCAGUUACAGCAUCCUUUGA